AUGGCGACGCCGCUGAACCGAAAGAGACAGCGCGCAGACGAUGGCAACGGCGCGCAAGGCGGCCAUCCGUGCAAGAAGAUCAAGUCGGGAAGAAGCCACCACCGUGUUUCUAACUUCUCACCGGAAUUCUGGGAUAACCUGUCCAAGGUCUGGCUGACGCCGCGCGCCCUGCGUGAACUCGACCGGCGAAACAGCAUUCGACCGCCCAUGACGACAGUAACACCAGAAGAGGUAUAUUCAAAGGACCUCGCCAGAUUUGCGAGGCACGGUGGUCCCGAUCUUCGACAUCUUCGAGGGUGCCCCGAACCCAGCCUCGAUAUGAUGGCUUCCAGCCGCUCUUCGCGAUACUCCGGAUCCAGCCGAAAUACCCGGACUACCAAUGCAACGAGCUUUUCCCCGAGCAGCAGGAAAUUGUCGGCAUCCUCCCGUGGGCCCGAAUUCGAACAGCACUUACAAGAUUAUGGCAUAUACCUGGCAGGGUAUGAUCAUCCAGAUGACCGUGAAACUCCGGAGCCUAGCAACUUGGGCGAAAUCCAUUGGGAUUUGUUAGCCACCAGAGCCUCCCUAUCACCAUCUCACUUUCCGGACUCGGCCUUCCGGGAUUUCAGCCGGAAGAAUACAAGGGUUGUGCUCGAAAGUGAUGUGAUGGAUGAAAUAGUGCCAAUACUGUGCGGCAAUGCCGUUAUUCCCUCAAAGAAGAACGUAGUGUUUACCGAGCUUGAACCUAUCACGGAUGGGACAGCAUCCAGGCCUCAGCCUGAUUUCUUUGAUGGUUCUCAUCUGCGCGACAUUGACAACACAGUCAGAAAGGAUGAAUCAUUAUAUCCGCUGAUUAUUCCCACGAAGCACCCAACUGUUCCAGUGGCACCGAAUUUCUUCCUGGAAGCUAAGCGUCAGGAUGGAAGUGCAGCUGUCAUGAAGCGGCAGGCCUGUUAUGACGGAGCGUAUGGAGCUCGCGCCAUGCACGGACUGCAGAACUACGGCAGCAGCAAGCCGGUCUAUGAUAACAACGCUUACUCGUUGAGCUCAACUUAUCAUGCCGGAACGGGCACACUUCAGCUGUAUGCACACCACCCAACAGCGCCGACCGCUCCAGGGGACCGGCCCGAGUACCACAUGACUCAAGUCAAGGCCUUUGCAAUGACGAGUGACCGGAACACCUUUGUUGACGGGGCCACCGCAUUCAGGAAUGCGAGGGACAUGGCAAGCGGGUACCGUAAUGAAUUCAUUGCGACUGCUAACAGCCGAGUGGUCCAGACUCAUCUACUUGCACAAAACGACGCAAGUCCAGCCAUAGCCAACGCUGCGUACACAUCUCAAACCGCUCAUGACGACCUUCAGCAAGACAUUUUCAAUCAGAGCAUUGAUUUCAACGCUCUUCCACCAUAUCUCAAUACGGAUGACGACUCCCAGUAUCCCAUUCAGGAGCCUGCAGCACUAGAUGGCGAUCCGUCCACAAGUUUUAUAACGAGCUUUACUUCUGAUUUUAGCAGCACAGGUCCCACCUCGAAGCGCCCGAGGCAGUCGUACAGUCCGCCAUCUAGUGUUGCUGAGACAUCCUCAGCUAAAAGUCGAUCGCGUCCUAGCACAAGAUCACAAACGAAGUCUCACUGGGUAGAGACAUACCGACGAAAUGGGAAACUCUGCUUUAACAAUUUACAUGAUCAAGAAAUUGAGACUAGGUCAAGGGAGUGGAAGGAGCAGGAUGCUGACGGUACUUCAUGUUUCUACUGGAAAAGCCCCAAGUCUGGUCGGGUAUUUUGGACAUCCAAGUUGGCGUAG